AUGGCCCCUUCCGUACUUAUUUUCCUCUCAAUGCUUAUGGUUAUGGCUCCUUAUCAUGCAACUUCUCGAAGCGGAAAACAUGGCGGCUGGAUGCCAUUCGAUAACUUAAACGAUCCUGAGGCAGUCAAGUAUGCGAAAUUUGCACUGGCCGAGUACAACAAAGAAACCGCUGCAUCUUUGACUUUUGUAGCUUUAGUCAAAGUUGACACUCAAUUAGUUGCCGGACGAAGAUACCGUCUGGAUAUCUCCGCCAAGGACGGUGAUGCCGACAGUCCAAAGAAGUAUCGUGCGGUGGUUUUGUCCCAACGGUGGUUGCACAUUGUGCAACUCACUUCCUUUGAAGAAAUUGAUGAUCAAGACUAUAGGCCAGCAUAUUCUCCCCAAAUUUAA